AUAUUCCGAUUCAAAUGCUCCACAACCCUCGUCCGAGGAGCCCCACCGCAUUUUUCGUUGGACGCGAACGCCACAUUACUUGUCCGCAAAUCAAGGAAAAUCAAUUCUAACAUAGUGCCAAAGUGCGUGCAAUAAAAGUGUCAAAUUAAGAUAACCAAAAGCUAAAAAAAUCGCCAAAAACAUUGAAAUAUGGAGCGUAUUUUGAGGGGGAUAAUGCGAUACAGAAAUACAACGCGCGAGCAAAUGGUGAAAGAGUUCCAGAAAGUCCGCGAUAAUCCAGAGCCGAAGGCCGUGUUCUUCACCUGCAUGGACAGUAGAAUGAUUCCCACCCGGUACACGGACACCCAUGUGGGUGACAUGUUUGUGGUGCGAAAUGCGGGCAACUUGAUUCCCCAUGCCCAGCACUUCCAGGAUGAGUACUUUAGCUGCGAGCCGGCUGCCUUGGAGCUGGGAUGCGUGGUCAAUGAUAUCCGGCACAUAAUCGUUUGCGGGCACAGCGACUGCAAGGCCAUGAAUCUGCUGUACCAGCUGCGGGAUCCAGAUUUUGCCUCCAAGCUGAACCGUCGCCUGUCGCCCUUGCGAUCCUGGCUGUGCACCCAUGCCAACACCAGUUUGGACAAGUUCCAAGAGUGGCGCGACGCCGGCAUGAAGGAUCCCUUGCUCUUCUCCUCGGAGACGCCGCUGCGUCGCUUUGUGGCCUACAUCGAUGAGGAGCAAAAGUUCGCCGUCGAGGAUAAGCUUUCGCAGAUCAACACUCUGCAGCAGAUGUCCAAUAUUGCCUCCUAUGGCUUCCUUAAGCCCCGACUGGAGUCCCAUGACCUCCACAUACACGCCCUGUGGUUCGAUAUUUACACGGGUGACAUCUAUUACUUUAGUCGCGGCGCCAAGCGAUUCAUGGCCGUGGAUGAGGACAGCGUGGAUCGAUUGUCCGAGGAGGUCAGGAGAUUCUACUCGUAGGCACAAUGUCCGCGGAUCAACUAACUGGAUUAUCUGUGAUAUGUGGGCCUUAUCUACCGUUUACGGCAUUUACAAAUGACCAAUUGUUAGGAUUGUUUUGUGUAUUUAUAAGUGUGUAAUUGUUUUUUGUAUAUAAACUUAAGGCCUACGAAGGUUUCAACUUA